AUGACAGACACUCACAGUUCCACCGUACGAACCAAUCAACGUAGACUAAAACACGAGGAGGAUAGUAAUCCAGAUGAGUCCUUCUCCUUCUCUCACUACAGUGAAACCGUUGCGGAUGUACGGCAUGAAAAGGAUGAACUCAUCGGCCGUGUGAGUGCCUCUUUAUUGCAGGAAGUGCAGUUUCCACCAAAACCACCACCCCUCUCUCCACAGGCAAAUGCUCAAUUAGAGAACACUAUACGUAUUGCGGAAUUAGUUAACAUCAUCAGUAGUAUGGAUGGAGAGUUUGUGUUGAAACUUGCACUUUAUAUUCGUCAUGAUCUUAACAUUAGACGUACAGCUGCACUUCUCGUCGCUUUAUCUGCAUUUCAACCCAAAUGUCAGCCAUUUCUUAAAUGUUAUAUGAAACGUAUUAUUCGAUUACCAUCGGAUUGGUUAACCAUUGCGAAUAUCGCUAUGCAAAAACCAUACGAAUGUCUUUACAUUAAUUAUGGAAAAGAAGAAGAAAAUGAGGCCGUUAAUUUUAUACAGGAAAGAAAAGGAAUACCAAAUGCUUUACGGCAUGCGCUUGUGGCGACUUUUAAGCUCUUUGAUGAAUUCACUCUUGCCAAGUAUAAUAAUGAAAGAUCUGUGAAAAGGGCACGUGCUAAAAAGAAAGAAGAGUUAAAGAAAAAUGAAAUGUCUACCACUAAUACGACUACUACUAAUACUAUUACUACUGCUAUGACUCCUUUUCCACAAGAACAUUAUUAUUAUUAUUAUUAUUCCACGUUAACCAUUAAAGAACUUAUCCGACGACUACAUAUAUCACGUCCUGCCUAUAUUGUUUGUUGUUUACUAGGGAAACGAUAUCCCAACAGUGAAGAGGCCUUCCGACAAGAAGGAUUAGAUGAAGGCGGUACACGUACAUUUGAUCCCACACAGUGUGGUCGACGAAUGAAAUUACCAGUACCAGAAACAUGGGAAACACAACUCUCUGCUCAUGGGAAUCAUGGAUUUAUAUGGGAUAAUCUUGUUGAACGUAAACAAUUACCUUUCAUGGCAGCAUUACGGAAUCUACGUAAUAUGAUACUUCAUAACUGUAGUGAAAAGACACAUACGAUUAUUAUGAAUCGAUUCACAUCGGAAGAAGAAGUAUUAAUGUCACGUCAGUUUCCUUAUCGAUUUCUUAGUGCUUAUGAGUCUCUGAAGUUUCAACCAAAGAAGGCUAUAAAGAGGUUGUACACAAAACCUCCUUCUGGGGCGAAAAGAAAGAUAUGUAAGGAUAAACCUCCUAGUGAGAAAUAUGUAAAAUUAUUACAAACACAAUAUCAAUCAACUUUAAAUCAAGCAGCUGAAAUAUCUGCAAGAGUUAAUAUUGUUCCAAUUCGUGGAAGUUCUCUUAUUAUAUUAAAUGCAAGUUAUGAAUCUAUGUUUUCAAGCAAUUAUGGUAUGGCGGAUAUAGAUAAAGCGGCUUUACUGGCAGUAUCUUUUAAAUAUGCCUGUGAACAUUGUGAAUUAUUAAUACUUUGUGGAGAUCAAUAUCGUGUGAUGGGAUGGGACUUUAGACAUGAGGGUGGUAUAUUAGAGAAUGCAGAGAGAGUUGGUUAUUUCUGUCGAGAACUGAUGUGGCCUGAGAGAGAUCCAUAUUCAAGUUCAACUGAAUGGAGUAGUCCUCGAUGGAUAGAUCCUAGUACAAAGAUAAAAUUCCCUUAUGCUUAUCUUGAUAACUUAAUUGAACAUCGAGUAAAUCUUCAAUCUUUAGUUGUUAUGGGUGGUAAACAUAGUUGCUUUACUGGACAAAAUGAUGCCCCUUCAUUAGGAGAUCUUCCUGUCUAUCUAGAACGAAUGCGUCGUAUAUGUAAUGAGGAAUUAUUAUUUGUUGGUCUUAGUACAUCAUUUGAUGUGGAAUUAAAUAUUCAACUUCGUUAUAAUCAUAAACAUGAUAUCUUAUUAACGGGGUUUUCAGAUGCAGUAUUACGUAUUGUAGCCGAACGUGUUUCUGGAGGACCUCGACGAUAUAUUGAACGAGCGGAUGAAGUAUAUGAUGUUAACCGGGCAGCUAUUCGUCCAGAUCAAACCUUUAAGAAGGAACUACGAGUAUUACAACAAGUAUCUAAACUAGAGAAGAAAAGACGAAUGCAUUCAUAUGUACAAACAUUAGAAAGUUUUUCAGAUGAGGCUUUGGUUGGAGGUUCAACAUCCGCUACUAUUGGAUCUGAAGAAAAUGUAUCCCCUAGUAGCCCUAAAAAGAAAAAAACAACAACAGCAGCAGCAGCAGAUAAAACAAGUGAAGAAGUAGGAAAUAAAAACAAGAUUGGUUUAAUUUCACCAGAACCAUUAUUUCUUUCCACUUAUCAUGAUUGUCGAUUCUUUAUUUCCUCUACCUUUAUUGAUAUGGAGAGUGAACGAAAUGCACUUGUGUUAGAUGUCUUUCCCCGCCUACGUCGUUGGGUAGCAGAAGCUGGAUUACAUGUAAACAUCCUCGAUGUGGAUCUUCGCUGGGGAAUUACGGAAGAUGCCACAAGUUCCAAUCUCUCUGUUUCUGUUUGCCUAAAUGAAGUCUCCCGGUGUUCUCCAUUCUUUCUUGGUAUAUUGGGUUCUCGGUAUGGAUAUUGUCCUCCUACAUUAUAUCAUCGUGUAGAUGAGGAUGUGGAUCCUGCAGACUUUGCAUGGUUACGACAAUAUCCAUUAGAACAGAGUGAAGAAAAUAAAAUGUCUGUUACGGAAAUGGAAAUGCGACAUGCAAUCUUUACAUCUGCAAGACGAACAGGGAAACGAAUUCCACUUACAAUGGCUUUUCUUAUUCGUGAUCAGACAACCUUAAUAAAUUCUCUUCCCGUUGGAAGAGAGAGAGAUGCCUAUGCCCCAGAUACACCAACAACCAUGCAGUCUAUUACGAAACUUACGAGUUAUUUAAAAACACAAGGAGCUCCUAUUAUUCCAUACACGGCAACACAUAAAGCGACAGUAGAUAAUCCUUUUUCAACCUUUUCUUUAACAAAUGCCAUGACAAUGCCUUCUAUUACUUCUACAAAUAAUUUAACAUCUACAAUAUCUGCAACAACUAUACCAUUGGAUAUGACUGAUUUCUCACGAAAGGCUUAUGUGGCUCUAAAGUCUAUUGUUCAACAUCACUUUGAUCUUCCUGUAGAGUUGGGUGGUGGCUAUGAUAAUGUAGAGGCUCAUCAAGAUACUGCCAAGAAUAAUCCAGAGGCUACACAUAAAUCAAGGGUUAAUCAAACACUAUAUGAAAGAGAACACUUGGAUCAGUUAAGUUUUACAUCUACACUUCUCAAGACUUUUGUACCUCCAAUGGGAUUUGUAGAGAAAUUAUCUCUCUUUGUUCUUUCCGGUCGUGACCCAACAAGUUCUAUUACAACAACCACAACAAUAAAAACAGAAGGAGCUGUAGAAAAAGAAGAAGGAGGAACAAUAAUGACUAAUACUAAUCCUACUAAUCCUAAUCCUACUACUAUUACUACUAACGCUAUUCUUUCUUCUACUUCCACUACCCCGUAUACAAUGGAUUCAGAACACAAUGUUCUUCUUUUGCAAGGGACUGAAGGAAAUGGAGCCUCCACUAUUUCUGCAGCUGUUGCAGCCCAUGUUGCCAAGAGGGAAGAUACGAAUGUAAUGGUGGUUCAUUUCGCCUGUCAAGCCAGUGAUGGAAGUCUGCGACGAUUGGUAUAUUAUAUCGCUUCUUCAUUGGUAUAUCGUCUUGGUUUACAGGAAGAUUUCUGUGUACGAGAGAGUGAUCCCAUUACAUUACUUUUACAACUCUUACCACGUAUUUAUGAUGCCGCAAAGAAAAAGAAACAAAUUUGUAUUAUAUUAGAUGGUAUGGAUAAAUCCCCAUACUCGACAGAAAUAUUAAGUAAUUUAGGAUGGUUAGUUCAUCCUGGUACUGGUUCAGAGAUACGUUUUCUUGUUACUACUUCAUUUGGUAGUCCAAUUGCGACAGCACUUAAAUCACGUCUUCCACCAGCACGAAGUAUUCCAUUACCAGAUUUAAGUAUGUCUGAACGGGCUGAACUGGUUCGUCGACAUUUAGCUUCCUAUGGGAAACGAUUACAAGAAUCAUUUCGUGUGAAUGAAUUAAAAUUACUUCUUCGAAAAACAGGUGCUAGUCAAGCUUCCUAUCUUACUUACGCUAUUACCUAUUUACGUUUGUUUAGUACAUUUGACACUUUAAGAAGUGAUAUUGUACGACUUCCUUCUACUCUUUCUCAAUUACAUCUUGAGGCAUAUAAAAAAUUAGAAGAACGUUUUGAUGAAAAAACGUGCCGUACAGUUCUCAUUGCCUUAUAUCUCGCACAUGAUAUUGGUGGAAUUAAAGAAUUUAAUCUUUAUCGUCUUGUCUCUAAUGUAGCCCCUGCAUCUCGUCUAGUGAUGUUAUUAAAUGGAACUUGUUUACGUAUAGUAAGAAGACGUGUAGCGAUUUCCAGUGCAUCUUUUGAGGCUUCUAUUGCCGCCCGGUAUCUUCCACGAUCUUCAGAUGUUAUUGAUGCCUGUGCGAAGUUUCUCGCUGCGGAGUUGUACUUUCGUCCAGUUUCUAUAGAUGCUGAGCGGUAUGAUGUACGGCAGAGUAUUCGCGUAGCGUUAGAGUCUAUUCGGCGAUGUACAGAAAGAGAAAAAUGUGUGUUUAAUCCAUAUCGAUAUUCCGCCAGUCAAUUAUUAGCACUUCUUCAUUUUGCCUUACGAGCGAAAGAGUAUGAGGCCUUAUCGGUGUUAGCUUCCUAUUUACCAUUAGUAGAGAAUUUAAUUGUAAAUGCGACCUAUUUACAACGUUUUUUAAAUAUUCUCUCUCAAGCUGUGAUGUUGAAUUCACAAUUAUCAAAUAAACUAAGUCCAAUUGUUGAUUUUUUACAAGAACAUUAUAGUAUUCUAGAAUGUCGACCAAUGAUAUUACGGCAGUAUGUUCGAAAUAGGAAUUAUCUUAAUAACGUCUUUCAUGAUGUUCUAUCUCCAUCAGAGAGUAGAAAAACAGGAGGUUGUAGGAAUGAUACAUGGGUAAAAUGGCUAAAUAAGAAUCAAAAAAGUGAAGAAGGUCGAACAAUUAUAUUCCCAUCUACAGAACCAAUACAAACUCUCGCAUUAAGUGAUGAUGGUAAUUAUAUCGCAGGUGGAGGAGAUGAUUUAAUGGUACGUGUUAUUCCUCAAGGUAGAUUAGAUCAAAUAGCGGCUUCACUUAAACAUAAUGCCCCAGUUACCGCUAUUGCAUUUUUACCUCACAGAUCUCAUAUAUUACUUACAGGAUGUGGUCGAGGAGUUCUACGAGUUUGGAGUCUUGAAGAUAAUAGUCUUCUUCAACAAAGUUUUAUUUCUCAUAAACGUUGUAUUUCUUCUAUUGCUUGUCAUCCUACAGAAAGUAUUGUUUGUACGGGUAGUUAUGAUAGUAGUUGUGCCCUUUGGCAAGUGGUAAGUAGUGUGGCUGAAGCUACAGUACGAUCUAGUUUAGAAGCAAAUGAAAUUUUAAAACAUCAUAAUGCUCCAGUCUCAUGUGUAGCUUAUCAUGGUUCUGGUGAAAUUCUCGCAACAGGAUCAUGGGAAGGUCGUGUUUAUUUUAUUAACACUGAACGUUUACGAGAAUCUUUACAUCAUGUCACUACAUUAAAUCUUAGCAAGGAAAGUGUAGCCAGUACUAAACUACCUUAUGAAUAUCAUAUGGUGAAAACAGGAAGUCCUGUACGAGCUUUAGCUUUUAUGCCUUCUAUGGUAGUAACUUGUGCGAUUGCCUUAUAUGAUGGAGAUAUUUGUUUAUAUGAUUACGCCUCAGCGGAGUGUAGUGCUCGUCUUAAACUUCAUGUUGGUAUUCCCAUUACAUGUUUAACCUUUUCACCAGAUGCGGUAUUCAUGGCUUCUGCAAAUGAACACGGUGGCGUUCGCAUUACUUAUGCUGGGGUAACAGGUACAACCUUCACUACACUGAAUGCACAUCGUUCUGCCGUAACGGCGGUUGCUUUUCAUCAAAAGAAACCCAGAACUCUUUUUACAUCUUCAAUGGAGCGAAAUCUUAAACAAUGGUCUCUGGCAAAAACAGAUUAUACAGAUUCUACCUUAUUAAAUGGAAAACAUGCAAUGAUAGUAACAGCAUGUGCAGCCGCCUCGGAUGGUUCUUUCUUUGUUACUGCUGGUGUAGAUGGUCUAGCACUUGUUUUUACCGCUCAUGAAGAUGUAAGUGGGGGUGUUUCUGAUUAUACAAGAAGUAAGGAAGAAUCCUUUACACCCUACUUUUCCCUUUCACAUGAACAAAACCGUGUUUCUUGUAUUUGUAUUGGUAUGCAGAAUAAACGUAUUUUAUGCGGAACUGCCGUUGGAGAAGUUUUUGUUUGGGCCGCAACUCCCGGACUUGAUCGCCGUGAAGGACUUUUGCUGCAACGUAUAUCUGUAGCAGAAGAGGGUGUCUAUCCGGUUGUGUUUGUUGGAUGUGUAGUGGAGAAGGCAUCUGAUAAAAGUAAACAUCAGCAUCGAAAACACAAACAGUGUAAAGAUAAUAAUAAUGAUGAUAAUAAUGAUUAUAAUGAUGAUAAUAAUAAUAAUAAUGAUUAUGAUGAUGAUGAUGAUGAUGAUGAUGAUAAUGAUAAUGCUGUGUAUACAUCUAAUCUUCAUAAUUAUUCUCUCCGUGCACGUGCGACUGCCUUUACAGCAAAUGGAAUGAUGGCAGCAUGGGAGAUGUAUGAAGAUGACACUCGCAUGAUAUCCGUGACUGGACCUCAGCGUCCCACUGAGAAGAUGUGUCGAAGGGUGUUUUCUCCUUAUAGUUUACAACAAGUGGGAGUAGUAGUAAGAGAACGAGAAUUAAAAACGGAAAAACUCUCUGUCUGUGUUUGCACAGAUCAAAUUGCGGAGGCUGAGGAUAAAAAAUAUGAAGCUUUGUUAACAGAUAAAGCUGCAAAGAGUGAGAGUUCAUCUGAUAACUAUGAACGGUUCUCUUGUCAUAGUAGUACUAUAGAGGAAGAUGAGGAGAAGGAAGAAGAAUCAGAAGAAGUUUCCAGAGACUUGGAUAGUGAUAAGAAUAAGAAUAAUGAUGAGAUGGAGAUGGAGGAUCAUAGACGUGCACCCCAACGUGCUACAUUUAAGUGGGUGAAGCCUUUUGAGUGUGUGCGGUUGGAUAAGGAUGGUAUGUGUUCUGGAGUUUCAUCACCCACUGGUAUGAGUAAUACUUCAAUCUCUCUUUCAGUGAAACUUGCGGAGGAAAUUAUCGGAGGUUUGCCGUUAAUGUGGCGUGAGCGAGAGAGCCAUAGAGAAGAAGAAGAGGAAGAAGAAAAGGAAGAGAAAGAAGAAAAGGAGGUAAUAGGACAGAAGGAAAAGAAAACAGAGUUAUCUGAUAAUAAUAAUAACAGUAACAGUAACAGUAACAGUGAACGUAGUAGUAAUGGUACUGGUGAUACUAUUAAUGAUAAUACUGUUGCUUCUCCUAAUACAGAGGAUUCAAAGGGAUUAACUGUUAGUAAUAAUUGUGAUGGUUCUUGUAAGAAUCGAAAUAUGUAUUUACUGGAUGGAAGCUUUAUUGUAGUUGGACGUCAACGUUGUCAUCUCGCAGUGGCAUCUUUACAAUCCAUGAUUGCUUUGCCAAUUCAGAAAAUAUCACCAGAUUAUCAUAUUGUAGAAUCUGAAAUAAAUGAUGAAUACAUGUUGGAAAAGGGAGAUGCGUUUCUUUGUGUGAGUAAUCGUAUUCGUGUACGAGGAGCAUGGACAGAAGUAAAACGUAAAAAUUCUACUUCUUCAUUCUUAUCAUCAUCUUCAUUAUUAUUUUCAUCAUCAUCUCUUUUCUCUCUAUUGUUCGCCCUUGGUACAAGUUCGGGUACAGUCUUACUGAUUGAGGCCAUCUACGAAAGAGAUUCAACAAUUACAGCGGAAUCAGAAGAUGAAGGGGAUGCUAUACAGUUUAUGAUUAAUAAUAAUAAUAAUAAUAAUAAUACAUUGGGAUGUAUGUUACAAUAUAAAAGAGGUGUACGCCUUAUUCUUCGUCAUUCUGCAGAGAUGGUGGGUCGUCAUGGUAGACGUGUGCCUGUGGACUCCAUUGCAUUAACAACAGGACCUUCAGAAACCGUGAAGAGUUCAGAAGAUACAACUGAACCGUAUAUUUGGCGGGAUGUAUUUACCCCAUUGCAUCUCACAGUGGGAUGUCGUGAUGGUUCUGUGCGGCUCUUCACCGUAUUUCCAUUUCGUGAAGUUGAGCACGCAUUGGGGGAAGAGAGUAUUAACCCUGGAAAGAGCGUAAGACACGUCCUACCAGAGGAAGAAGAGGAAGAGGAAGAGGAAGAAGAAGAUGAAGAUGAGGAGAUGGAAAAUAUAAAGAAAGAUGAGAAAGAAGCGAAAUGUGCAUUUAUUAAAGGUAAAUGGCAUGAACGUGGUAUAUUCUUCGCAUCAUCAGGGAUAACAACCGUUACAACAUUGCAAAUGCCAGAUAAAAUGCUUGGGCGGCGAAAUUCCACGAACUUGCCAUUUUCCACUAUUAAUACCGGUACCACUAUUAUGAAUACUACUACUACUACUACUAAUAAUAAUAAUAAUAAUAAUAAUAAUAAUAAUACCAAUUUUGGUAUAAGCAAUUGGUUAUCUUCAUGGUCCUUGCUCUCUACUAUUCAUAUUGUUGGUGAUUGGCUUGGUAAUGUCUAUCAACUUCAAUUGAAACGUGGUAGUGGUAAUGGUUCUAGACUUGGAAAGAGGGAUUUCACCAGACCACACACCUUCUCCAUUUUUGCUGAUGGAUCAAGCAGUCAAGCCUGGUCUGCUAUCAUGCGAGAUGAUGAAGAAAAAGAAGGUCAACGAAGUCGAUAUAAUAGAGAGGCUCGACCCACUUUACUGGAACUCAUGAGAAGAGAGACGAAUCUUCAUCUUUCCGUCAGUAAUUUACUAUCGGCUGGGCGAAGAGGGACUAAAUGGCGUAAUGAGGAACGCACCAUUGCGGCUCUCUUCUCUUCACAUUUAAAUGAAGAUCCAUGGAGUGAGGCAGCAGCAGCAGCAGCGGGGAAUCUCUCUACUACAGUCCCUACACACGAACAUCCAUCUACACAAGUAAAUACAACAAACACAACAACAGGAAUGUCAAUGACAGUACCGCCGUAUGAAAUGAUACUUCAACAGGUUCCACCAGAGUUGGAGGGUGAAAAACGAAAUGAGUGGAUUCGAGAACAACAACGUCUUCUUGUAGAGGCAUUACAGGCACAUCGUAAUGCCGUGAAGGCACGUGAAGUGCUUUCUAAAUACUCGAAAGAUGUUUUGUUAUCAAUGGGUGUGGAUCUGGAUUCGUAA